AUGCAGAAAGACACAAGCCCACUCGUGCCUUUACAUUAUUUUGGCUUUGGCUACGCAGCUCUGGUGGCUACUGGAGGGUUCAUUGGCUAUGCAAAAGCAGGUAGUGUGCCAUCGCUGGCUGCUGGGCUCUUGUUUGGGAGCUUAACAGCACUGGGUGUUUACCAGCUGUCUCAGGAAACCAGGAAUGUUUGGGUUUUCCUAGCCACCUCUGGGACUUUGGCUGGCAUUAUGGAAAUGCAGUUCUACAACUCUGGAAAAUUUAUGCCUGCAGGUUUGAUCGCGGGCGCCAGUCUGCUCAUGGUUGCCAAACUUGGAAUUAGUUUGCUGAGCACACCGCAUCCGUACGUAACGUGCCAGCUUGGACCCAAGAAGAAGGGUAAAUCUGCAGACUUCCCCUAUUUUCACUGUAUCAAGAGAAAGAUGGGCGGCCCUGACAUCUUUACACAUCAUACUUACAAAAGCAAAACAACAAAAAUGACACUGAACUUGGUGGAGGUAAAAUGA